AUUCUCUUUCUCCUUCGAUCCCUUCCACUUGAAUUGGCACCAUGUGAAAGCGCCAUUUGUGUGGCACGAGAACCCCAUCGUCGCACGCCUCUACUCCCGCGUCCUUGUCGCCGGUGGCACCUGCGACUUUAUCGAUGACCCACUCGCCAUCGAAAUGUACGACGUCAACUCCGGGAGAUGGAACCCGUGUCAGUGCAUGCCGUCGUUGUUCAAGGACUCCACCACCAGCACUUGGAUCUCCACCGCCACCGACCGCAAACUCUACCUGCUGGAGAAGCGUUCCUGUCUGAUCUGCUCCUACGAUGCUGAAACCAAGAAAUGGGGAGACACCUUUAAUCUGAACCUGCAGAUCUCGAAUCCCAGCAAGAUUAAUGUGACUCACUCCACCAUCGGAUUCGUCGACGACCGGCUGGUUCUAGUGGGGCUAAUGGGGGAACCUGAGGACUUGCACGGACUUGGGCUCUGGGAAGUGGAUCAUGACACCUACGAGUGUAGGCCGGUCGGGGAAAUGCCGCCGGAGAUGGUGGAGAAGAUGAGGAACAGAAACUCACCGCUCUCGACCGUGCGUGCGUCGAUGGAAGGUGGUUCCAUCUACACCAACAAUCCUCGGAAUCCAGAGCAAAUAUUCUUCUGCGAAUUGAAGGAAGGGAUCUGCCAAUGGGGAUACGGAGUGAAUUCCAUGGCGAAUGAAGGGAACCGGAUGCAGAGAUUCGUGUUCACAUGUUCCAGAGUCGGAAUGGAUGAUCUUCACAAGGCUGUGGCGACUGGAAGCCGUACAUUCGCGGUUGAAUCCGACUGACGGACAUGGCCUUUAGAGUUUCCACUCUG